AUUCAACUUCAUAAUCGGAAGUUGUCAAACCCUAAUACCCAAUUUCACUGAUUCUUCCGCCGGAGCAUCACCGGCGCCGCCGUAUCCAUCGCCUCCGCCACCAUAACCGGCGUACAGACUUUCCCUUUCAUAGACAUCUUUCAAAAAUGGCAAUUAGAACCAUUUCAAGACUAAAAAUUCCAUCUUUGCUUCUUAAACACCUUUCAGUUUCUCCAUUACCAUCAAUUUCUUCCACCUUAACAUCUUCUUCUUCAUGUUCUCCAUCAUGGGUUCCUGAGUUUUCUAGAAGUUCAGUGAGGGAUGGGAGGUGGUACCAUGAUGGAAGACCAAGAGGGCCACUAUGGAGGGGAAAGAAAUUGAUUGGAAAAGAAGCACUUUUUGUGAUUCUUGGGUUAAGAAGAUUCAAAGAUGAUGAAGAAAAGCUUGACAAGUUUGUUAAAACACAUGUCCUUAGGCUUCUUAAAAUGGAUAUGAUUGCUGUACUUAAUGAACUUGAACGCCAAGAAGAAGUCUCUCUUGCUGUUAAGGUGUUUUGGGUAAUUCAGAAACAAGCCUGGUACCAACCCGAUGUCUAUCUUUACAAGGACCUGAUCAUUGCGUUGGCGAGACGUAGAAAAAUGGAUGAUGCAAUGAAGUUAUGGGAGAGUAUGAGAAAGGAAGAUCUAUUUCCUGAUUGUCAGACAUUCACUGAAGUUAUUAGGGGAUUCUUGAGAGAUGGAUCUCCUGCAGAUGCUAUGAAUAUAUUUGAAGACAUGAAGAAGUCUCCAUACCCACCUGAGGAGCUGCCUUUCAGGGUUUUGUUGAAGGGACUUUUGCCACACCCACUAUUAAGAAACAGGGUUAAGCAAGACUUUGAAGAGAUUUUUCCGGAUCGGCACAUAUAUGAUCCUCCAGAAGAGAUUUUUGGAUUACGUUGAGGCUUUGAUAGUACAGCACCAUACGAUUGUCUCUAUUGCUGCACAAAUAUUAUAUUAUUGGAGAAGAGCAUGAUAUCUUCUUGUAGGAAGCUUAUUCCACCUUGAUAUCUUGCAGUAUCCAAACGCUGAGAAUGAGUAUCGAUGUUUCUUGCUAUCCUUGGUCCCCGAGUACUAUCAAAUUCACCAUUGAGUAGUGGUUUCUUAUAGUUCUUUUAGACCAGACAUGUUGAUGCUAGUGUGAAGUUCAAGACUUUAUCUUAUGCUCUUAGCUACACGACUAAAUGUUGCUGCUUCAUUCACAUGAGAAUAAAAUCAACUUCUCAUCAAUCUCCAUAGUUCCAUUUUUUGGGGAUCUUAUUCAGAUUAAGUUACUAUUUAUUAGGUAGCUCAAUAGUAUGUUUUUGGUUGUUGUCAUUAUAGUUUGUAAAGGUGCCUUUAACAUUUAAACAGUAGAAUGAUGUUACAUUUGGUUACAAAGCUUAUGAUCUUCUUAUA